AUGGCCAAAGGUGACUCUUUCCGGCGGCAGACUCUUGACUCGGCAUCCAAAGACAAGCUACUGGAAGCUGCAAACAACCGUGACACCACCAUGUCUAUUUUCCAGUAUGCCUACUUCCUCCUCUGGCUGAUGAUGCAGACGUGGUCUCAUGUAACCGCUCUUCAAUCCAAGUACUCCCCCAAGCGCUCGUGGCAAGGCAUUGGAAUUCAUCAAUAA